AUGACUUCAUUCCCAGAACCAACAGAACUUCGUGUAAAGAAACUUUCGGAACAUGCCAUUCUCCCUGUGAGAUCAUCAGAAUUUGCAGCAGGAUAUGACUUGGCAUCAGCCUAUGAUUACAUUGUUCCAGCCCAUGAUAAAUUACUUGUCAAGACUGACUUGGCCGUAGCUGUUCCACAUGGUUAUUAUGGACGUGUUGCACCUCGUUCUGGAUUAGCCUUGAAGAAUUUUAUUGACACUGGUGCAGGUGUUGUUGAUUCUGAUUAUAGAGGAAAUUUAGGUGUUGUUUUAUUCAAUCAUGGAAAGGAAGAUUUUGUCAUUAAACGUGGUGAUAGAGUUGCUCAAUUCAUUAUUGAAAAGAUUGCAUUACCACAAAUUGUUGAGGUUGAUGAUUUGGAUGAUACAUCGAGAGGUGCUGGUGGAUUUGGUUCUACUGGUGUAUCAAGUGGUGGUCUUGUUCCAAAAAAUUAA